UGGCAAUUUUGUACAGCAGCGAUGGCCACUGGAACUGUGAUUGAUAUUGGCGUGAACCUACUCAACAGACAGUUCCAAAAGGACCUACCGCGAGUGCUCAAGCGCAGUGCAGACGAGAACGUGCACACAAUUAUUGCGACUGGGACCGACCUCAAGUUGAGCGAGCGCUCGAUAGCAACGAUCCGCUCGCGCCAGAACAUCCCGCUCCCUCGCCUCUUCUGCACAGUAGGGAUCCAUCCACAUUCUGCCAAGGACGCCAGUCCCGACUUUGCGGUGAAACAGGCGGCGCUCAUUCAAGCAAACCGCGACGUUGUAGUGGCAGUGGGGGAGUGUGGCUUGGAUUUCAACCGCGACUUUUCCCCUCGUGAUGUUCAGAUCGCCGUGUUUCGGCAGCAAAUCCAGCUGGCAUGCGACCUCGGCUUGCCACUCUUUUGCCACGAACGUGAUGCCCAUGCCGAGUUCCUCGCGGUGCUAGUUCCAUUCCUCGAAACCGGGUUGUUGCAUGCAUCCCACGUAGUCGUCCAUUGCUUCACUGGAAAUGCAGUUCAGCUCCAAAGAUAUGUCCGGUUGGGCUUCUCCAUCGGACUGACGGGGUUUGUGUGCAUGUCUCGCCGGGGGUAUGAUCUGCGCCAAGCCGUGAAGCUGAUUCCAUUAGGUCAACUGAUGGUCGAGACGGAUGCUCCAUUCAUGCACCCUUCUCAAGCCAAACAACGAUGCGAACCCCACCACGUCCACGCCGUCGUCCAAACCAUUGCCGACAGCAUGGGCCUUCCUGCCGCCGACAUCGCGGCCGCCACCACAGCCAACGCCACGCGCUUCUUCCAUCUGGACAGUACCAUCCUGAACCACCCGCCACCACCUUUCCUCGCCCCUCCUCAGUCGUCUCAACCGCCCCCGGCCCCCCUUGCCCCUUCUUUGAAGGGGGAUGUCAUCUCUGUGGACGGUUCGACGCUGGAAGGCGGCGGCCAGAUCCUCCGACUCGCGUUUCCCUUGGCUGCGUUGCUCCGUAAGAACAUUGAUAUCCACAGCAUCCGUGCAGGACGACCCAAGCCUGGCCUCGCCAACCAGCACUUGUGCGGGCUUACGCUGUUGAAGUCGAUGGGUCAGACGUGGACGCUGCACGGUCUCCACUUGCGGUCGACGCGGGCGCAGCUGGUGCACGACGAGUCGUCGACCAGUGGACCUGUUGUCCUGAACGGCUCCGCCUUUCACGCCGCCAUGGACACGGCGGGGGCCGUGACGUUGGUGCUGCAGGGGGUGCUGCCCCUCCUAGUGUUAAGUUCCCAACGCAAUGCCGUCGAGCUGACGUUGGUAGGCGGCACCCACAGCUCGUUCGCCCCGACCGUCGAUUGGAUGCAGCUUGGACUAGCCCCCGUCUUGGAUCGCAUGGGGGUGCAUGUUGGCAUCACGAUGACUCGUCGCGGGUUCGUGCCCUGUGGAGGGGGGAAUGUCACCGUGACUUGUCGAAGUGUGACGUUACCGUUGCGUCCGUUGGUGGUGGACACGCCGUCCCGCGUGGUGCACCAUGUCUCAUGCCGCGUCACAUGCGCCGCCGAAACGGACGGCCACGACGCUGUCCUGGCCCUGCGCAAGGCAUUUCGAUUUGCGUUUGGUGUUGGCAGCCACGUGGAAUGGACUGACGAGGUAGUGGUGGACGCCAGCCUGAGGACCAAAAAGGGGACCACCUUGUUUGUGCAUGUGACGAUGUCGUUGGAACACGGCAAUCUCUUGACGGCAGGCGGAUGCCCAGCAAAGUCAGUAGAGGCAGCCGUGGCGGAUGUGGUGGCGGAGCUAGGGCGCGUGUGGGAUGGCGAAGCGUGCGUGGACGAGCACUUGGCCGACAAUGUGCUCGUGUACAUGGCUAUGGCAGCAGGCACGUCGAGACUGCGCAUCCCUCGGCAGGCCGCCAGCCAGCACGUGGAAGCUGCGAUCUACGUCCUUGAAUUGAUCACUGGCGCACGGUUUCAAGUCGACGACGCCCCCAAGAGUCGACUCAUCACAUGUCAUGGUGUAGGCUACAACACUCACCCGUUGGCAUAACCUACGCAAGUUGUGCGACACAUAAAUUUAUUUGUACAAAAGUCGCUUGAAUAAUAAAGUACUGUCUGUAUAGAGAGAGCACAUCCACGUUAACGAUGGUGCACCAGAAUAUACCAAGGUAGAUAUGCUUGUUGACAUAAGUCGCUUGGAAGCACCAGAACCAAGUCAAGCUUUGCGGGAUUGGACAUCCAUCCCAUAACUGGGGUGGAAAUAUUAAUGUAUUUAUUUCCUAAGAUUUCAACAGUUUCGAAAGGGUCACACCCGUGUUAUUUCUGC